UUUAACACAUCUCCCUACAACCCAUCGACCUCUCGAAUCUUCCACACGCCCGACCUGCACGUCUUAAACACCGUCGUCGCGCCUUUCUUUAAUCGACAUUGCGAUUUACUGUUCCACCGCGGCCCAUUGGGAUUUCAUUUGCGACUUUCAUCCAGCCACCCACAACCCCCUUUCCCUUCUCGAUACCCACGUGCUUCUAUCCACAAUGUCCGACCAGGUCAAGGAGAUCCUCGAGGUUCCCUCCGAGUUCGCCCAGGAAGGCCUCCAGUUUAUGAAGCGGUGCACCAAGCCCGACAAGGUCGAGUUCCUGAAGCUCUGCCAGGCCGUCGGUGUUGGUUUCCUCAUCAUGGGCGCUGUCGGCUACAUUGUCAAGCUGAUCCACAUCCCCGUCAACAACAUCCUCGUCGGAGGCGCAUAAACGCACAGUCUUUUAUACGACAGAAGCAUCGAGAUCACGGGCCGGCUUCUCGAGCACAUUGCACGUCGGCGCGGUCGACCAACAUGAUGAUUUUACACGCAAGAAUGGGUCUCAAAAAAGCAUUGCGCGGGCAAAUUGCAAAAACGUGACAGCAACACAUGGGAGACGCUGCGCGGAAGUGGUGGGAGAUACCCCGAGACCAGUGGCUCCAUCGAUCAUGUACCAUUGC